GCCUCACCGGCUCCCGUAGGAGAGCGCCGGCUGUGGCGGUGCCACGUCCCCCGCGGCGGCUGCAGGAAAAUCAGUUGGGCGUCUGGUCGGUUCCCGGCGGUCAUGGCCUUUACUCUGUACUCGCUGCUGCAGGCGGCCCUGCUUUGCGUCAACGCCAUCGCCGUGCUGCACGAGGAGCGCUUCCUCAAGAACAUUGGCUGGGGAACAGACCAGGGAAUUGGCGGAUUCGGAGAGGAGCCAGGAAUUAAAUCUCAGCUAAUGAACCUUGUUCGAUCUGUAAGAACCGUGAUGAGAGCGCCCUUGAUAAUAGUAAACUCAGUUGCAAUUGUAUUACUUUUACUAUUUGGGUAAAGAUCAAUGGAGGAAAUGGAGACUCAGAAGAAGAGAUGCCAGUAGAAGUUAUUACUUCGAUCUUUAUUGGAAUAUGCAUAUCCUAGCUGGCUGACCUUGGACUUGACAAGAAUAUAAACCUGAAAAUAAAACCAGAGUCCCCUAUUUAUCUGAUUUUUUAAAAGUUGCAGUUAUAGUUUCAUUAUAAAAAGAUCAGAUAAUCAGAGGCAGUAGCUAUUCAAGACUGGAAUAUAUUUGAUUGCUGACUGUUAAUAAUAAGUUCAUGCUUUGGUGAAGAUUGUUAAAAGGUACAGCACUGUCACUCUGUGUUUUUAGAGUUUUUUCUCUCUCACUUCUCAGGGAUGAAUUUUUUCGCAAAGUUUUGAAAUUCCUAGUGACUUAGCUAUGAUGUGAGAGUGAUUAUCCUCCUAGAUAAAAUUUAAAUGUUGUUUUUUAAAGUACUACAUGGGAAAUGAUAAAAAGGUAAUUUGGAUAAUUUUAUUUUGAACUCUUUGGUUAAAUAUUUUUGCCUAUAUAUUGUCUUGGUUAUGAAAAAUUCAAAUUGAUGGUAACUGUUGAGGAGCAAUACUCUGAUUUUAGGGAGAAUUCUAAAUUUAUAAGUCAGAUAGUCACCUGAUGAUUCUGUUUUUGUUUUAUGUUCUUUUCAUGCAUUCAUUAUUUUACUAAUGUAUCUGAGUGAUGAGGCCAAAUCAGUGUCUACAUAUAUUCAUUGGUAGAAAAAUUGUGUAGAAGAGUCUAUGCCCUUUUUACAAUGAUGACUUAUUUUUUAAAAUCAGCAUAAAUAUUGGCCUGCAAGAGCAAUUCUAAACAAUCACAAUUAAACUGUACUGUGUAAGAAGACUUUAUUGUGAAGCAUUUACCUCUCCCAAAAUUAUCAUGUUUCAGUUUCUUGGAAUAGCUUAUUAAGGGGUGUGAUUCUUAAUUCUUCAUUCUGUCUGUCAAUAGGGCAUUCAUGCUGGAUAAGUUAUUUUUUGUUUUAUUUUUGUGUCUUAAACCAUCCCAUAUUUGCUCAUCCCGUAAUACAAUUUGAUGCAGAAAGAGUAAAACUAUGUAAAUGUUUUUUUCUGGAAAUUAUCAGUUAUAAUAUUUUAAAGGGGGUGGAAAGGCAUCUUUGUUUAUAGGAAAAGAUUUGUAAAUAAAGUUAAAUUUCCAAGUCAAGCA